GUGUUAUGGAGGUGCCGGAAAAAGGAGAGCAGCUGUUCAGCAGCGUCACUGCCUGCUUCAUAGACGAGGGCCGCACACAGGAAGUGAAGUCACACCAGCUUCUCCAACUUCCUCCUCAGUUCCAGGAUUUGCCCGGCCAGGCUGUUGAGAUCAUCCUGUGCAGAGCGCAGCCCGUCGACGGGGAGGUGGUCUGGAACCCGAAGGUGACCAGAGCCAUCAGUCAGAAGAUCAAAGGGAAGCUGCAUCAGGCCAGGGUUGUGAUGAGUGUGGGAAAUACUGUCUGGGUUGAUCCUAUGGUGCGCAUGACACGUGUUCCUGGUCUGAAGACCUACAUUAAUGAGUAUAACGUCCAUGCUGAGAUCUUGGCCUCUGGGUUUGGUGUCAAUAAUCCUCAGCAUGUGGACCUGCUGAAGAGAGUUUUCCAGGGAGACGAGAACGCAAACACACUCCAGCACUUGACAGAUGACAGGUUUGAGAGCCCUUCGUCAUCCUCACAGCAGAGAGUUGAGGUUACAGUAGAUGUUCUCACCAGUAGGAUGAAGGAUUUAGUCAGUAGUCAUAAUGUCAUGGACUUCAGCCAGACUCCCAUCAGCCCCCAGAACAACAGUGCUGUCCUGUGCAAUGGAGACCUGAAGGACAGUGAUGUUGAUGAUGAUGAUUCUUCAGAGGGAAGCAUGAAUAUCAUGAGCCCUGAUCUGAAUGGAUUCUCAUCUCUGAACCAGACCAGACCUACCAGCUCUGAAACAGACAAAGAUGAAGCCCUGAACAUCAACAAAUUGCAGACAGUCAAUGAACCACAGAAUUUCCACAAUCCAGCCCCUUUCUCAUUCCAGCCUACCAGUUUUCACCCACAGAUCAAAUGGUUCCAGAGGGGUGAGUUGGUCACGAUCUACAUAAAGCUCAUCAAUCCAGCGAUGCAGAAGUGUGAAUUCCACUCAGACACUGCCAUUUACAGUGGGUACGUGUAUGACCGGCAUUACUAUGCAAAGCUGGAGCUGUCCGGUGACAUCAUCGCAGACGAGUCCUCAUGGGAAAUGAGAUGCAAUGAGCCGGUGAUGAAGCUGAAGAAAAAGGAAAAGCGGGACUGGAGAUCACUCCUCAAACACAAGAGCCUAUUUGUCAGCUAUGAAUUUGACUGCAUUGAUGAGACUCGUGUUUCUUCAGUAAACAGGCACUUGUUCCUGGCUGAGGUGGGAGAGGAGGGCUGUUAUGUCAGCUCUGAGUGCGACAGUGACUGAAGAGGACGGAUCCCAAAUACACAACUCUUGUACAGGCUGCCAUAGACCCCCAUUGGGAAAAAGAAGAAGAAGAAAACGUACAGAUACAAUAGGGG